UUAUCUUUAAAUAAUCUUCUUUGACAAUUAGUGCGACAACAUUAAAUGUGUCAUGUCAGCCUGUUUGUUUUAAAUGUAGUUUAAAAUCAGACUAAUUUAACAUGAACAUAAAGAAUUUAUUUGGCAGUGCAUUUGUCCUGUGAUGUUGUUUUUGGGACACUUAAUGAUAAUGAUUUGUUUGUAGGGAAACUUAUUUUUUAAGGAAAGAAAUUAAUACCUAGAAAUGUCAAAUUUUAGACAAAGGAAAUUAGAACUGCACGAAACUUUGCGGAAAUUGCUAAUUAGAGACUUUUUGAAUAUGAAAUUAACUAAACACAACAAAAACGUCUCGCGAUGGAAGGCUCAGAUGCGGCGCUUCUGCGACUCCGCCCAGCACGACGAUUCUCCAAUUAUGACGGAUUUCACGUGCAUGGAACGGAAAGGACUCAUAGCUCCCGGUAAAUACGAGGAAUUGAUCGCCAUGUUUAAAAACAUCGACGCCCGGGCUGUUGAUGUCAUUUUGAAGACGGCAGCUGAGUUGGCUGAAAUUGAAAAAGAAAGAAAAGAAUCAAGAGCAAUGCUGAAAAGGUUCGCUACAUUGAGGUCCGAAAUCAAUGACUGCGAGGUGACCGAAGAUCAGGUUAAAGUCCUGCACGACAUGCUGAGACAAAUUCUACAACACAGCAAAGCGUCGGCUCACUGGGAAUCUGAUUUACAGGAAGUACCGAGGCAUGCUGGCAUACCCAUUCUCAGGAAACGCAAAUCUGUUGCAGAUCCCGAAGAGCUUAGAAAUUCCAUCACAGAAAAGGGAAAUUUUAUUUCUAAAACUCACAAAAUGGACUGGAAAGCUAUCAUUAUGAUGAUAAAGUUUGUAAAUACUUUUAGCCAAAUUACAAAUUAUUCUUUAGAAAGAGUCAAACCGGACGGUAUAUAUAUUGCUGGCUAUGAAGAUGAACCGCGAAGAGACAACCAGAAUGAAAUCAUAAGGGAAACGUUUGCUGAAUUACUCUUAAAUGUCUUUGCCACUUUGGGAUAUGAUAUGCAGAACGCUUCUGUUAUAACACAGAUGGAUUUCUUGGAGGAAGAAACCUUUUCUAAAGCGUUGAAGCAACGGUUGUCGAGUCAACCAAAAUCCAGACAAGAAUCUGCAGCCACCAAUGCAUCUUUCAAGAAACGAGCUCCAGUUACACCCCGCCAAGAGCCCAAACAUUAUGACGUGAUGAUGAGUUACCAGUGGGGGUCAAAGGAGAUGGUACAUAAGGUUAAGAACUUUCUGGAGAGGAACAAGAUCACGUGCUGGAUUGACGAAGAGAGCAUGAAGGGGUCCACAUUACAAGCCAUGGCAGAAGCCAUAGAGCACUCACACAUAUUUCUAAUGUGCUAUUCUUUUAAAUACUUCACAAGCAAGAACUGUCGACAAGAGGCUGAAUAUGCAAAUAAGUUACAAAAAAUCAUCAUUCCACUAAAAAUGCAGAGAGACUACGAACCUCGAGGUUGGCUUGGAAUGAUUCUCGGAGAAAAACUCUUCUAUGAGUUCUCUGGAAAAUACCCGUUUGAUCAAAAGGCCAAAGAGCUUCUUACUGAAAUCCUUUACCAUCUUCAAAAUCCCCCUGAAGUGACGCCACCAGAGAAUGACACAAAUCCAGAAACUGAAACUGAAAAUAGUGAAACUGCAGAUAUAUCUCAAAAUCAACAGACACACUCUAGAGAAAAUAGCGAGAAAACAG